AUGUGCUCUUGUCGUAUGAGGAGGUGGUCAACGCACUGCGACCUUUGGAUCGCCUGGAAACUCUUUCGAAGGCAGCUGCUCUUCCUGGUGCAGUUCCAGUACAGCGUACUUUUCUACAAGCUGGUGAAGAUGCUGAUGGGACUGAAGAUGAAGAAGAACCAGAUGGAAGAAGAGGAGUACUCAGACUCCGAGCUGGCCGACGACAUGCUUCGGUUUGAAGAUAGAGAGUUUGACGAAGCCGAGGCGAUCUAUGUCCAGGCUUACAAUGAUGUGAGAAAGGAUCUGAGGACCAGAAAGCGAGAAAGGGGCUUUGUCCGACACCGUGGCAAUGGUGGCGGACGUAGAAGCCAUAUCAACAAGAAGCCCAAAGGCAGAGGGAAAGGUAGAAAGAAAGAUGGACAUGGCCGGAAAGAUGAUUCGACCAUAAAAGGCACUGAGGCAGAACUGAUGGCGAGGACCAGAUGCUUUUCUUGCCAAGAGCUAGGGCACAUCAGUCGGAAUUGCCCGCAUAGAGGCAGUUCCAAAGGUACCCAAAAGAAGCAGUUUGUAACUGUUGGAGGAACAGGUUCUUCUACCAGUACCUACAUGUUCCAGCAGUUGCAACCGAUGCCAUUUCCACCACCACAUACCACACUGAUGCGUGCGGUCUAUGCCGGAGUUCGAGUACGAGCCUUUGAAGGUGUUGUCGACACGGCUGCUGAAGAAGCCGUGGUGGGAAGCCAAAGCUUCAAUGGCAUGCGAGAAGAGUUGCGAGCAGCUGGAUUGCGACCUGUUCCAAUUCGCCGCCCCUCCUCACAAUGUGCGGGAAUUGGUGGCGCUGCUCGACUUUGUGGAGCUUUUGAUGUGCCCACCUCAAUAGCUGGAGUUCUCGGCAUUUUGAGGUUCACAGUGAUCGAAGAUGGAGAGGGUCCCACUGGUUUUGUCACACCACCUUUGAUUCCCAUUUCCUAUUUGGAGACGGUGGGUGCCAGCCUUGACCUUCAAUAUGACACUUACGUGACUGCCGAUGGCCACACAACGCAGAUGAGAAGACUUCCAUCUGGCCAUCGAGCAAUUCACAUGUUCGACUUCGAGACCACGCCAUGGAAGUUGCCUCAGAACCUUCAACAAAAUGGCCAUGACCCUUUUCUUUUACAUCCACGUUCUUCGCACUCAAUUUUGGGAGGUGGUGAUGCUGCGCGUGAUCAACGAAGUGAGGCUUUGGCUAUUUUGACUUCUUCGACUUCAUCCGGGACUUUGACAUCGAGUUUUCCACCCACAAUCUGUGUGGACGAGACUUCAGGCCGACCAAUGGACGACGUCUUUUUCGAGACCUAUGUGGAAGCCCAUGUCUUGCCUGGAGAAGUUCCGGUGGAAAACGAAACGAGGAGAAGAUCUAGAUCAAGGUCAAGAGCCGCACCUGCUUCAGAACGUGCAGAUUCAAUGGCACCAACAGUGCCAUACACAGAUGGUACGAGCACUGCUCCCGAUGGAGAAUCCACAGAAGUGGAGGUGUUGCAAGAGCUACCUGAAGAGAGACCAGCGUUGCAACAACAGUCUCAACAACCAGAACGAGCACACAGUUCGGGACAAGUUCAACGACCUGGACAAGCACAACAAUCUGGUGGAGAUCGUCGUCUUCAAGCUCUUCAACGUCUUCGAGAUCAACGAGCACAAGGAGUACCACCAGCACUACCUCUACGUUCUUCGAGUUCAUACUCCUCGGACAAUGUGUCGGAAAGCACAGACUAUGCAGUGGUUCAACGGGUCUUGCACUUUGACCAACAGGAAGAAGAUCCACCAGUGGUGAUGUUCACCAAUGAAGAGGGAGUACACAUUCCCUUGGACCCGACGCAAGGUGUGCUGUUCUACUUGGAGAACCAGCAGGGGCAACGAACCUUCCUGGAACGGCAAGAUGGUUGGAGAGAACGACUUCCAACACCCAACCACCUUCGAACAAUACCUCGAGUCCUCUUGACCAAAAGAAAGUGGGUGUAUGCCACAAUGGUCGACAAUCACAUGGAGGUGAUCAAUGACGACUGGGUGGAGCGACCACAUCGUUGCCUAAAUCAACCUUGGUUUGGCACCGUGGUCUUCUUUGAGGGACGACGUGGCGGUCAAGUCGGAAUCGACAGGAAGGGGCCCUUCACCUACAUCCAGACCGUCAACUACGACGCGACCUUUGUCUUCAUCCAGACCUUCGUCUUCAAGCAGACCUCCGACAUCGAGCAGGCAGAGCUUCACACAGCCGUCAACAGGACGGGACAUGCAGCCUCGUCCGAGUUCGACGCCAUGGCGCCCAAGAAGAACCAGAUGUUGGCAGCGGGAUCGCUUCAGUCCUCCAUCUACAAGAUGUAUCAGGGAGAAGAAGAACCAACACCUCCGAAGAAGAUGGGAACGGCCAAGUGUCUGGCAGCGUGGAUGCGGGUGAUGACCGCCCUGUUCAUGCUUGUGCAGACAACUCGGCAGCAGAUGGUUCUGGACUAUCUCCAGCAGAAGGGCAAUGUUCUGGACGUCGACGAGGAGACGGACUUCAAAGCCAAGGCGAAGCCGAAGGGCAAGAGCAAGGUCACCAAGACCCAAUGGAUUCCUCAGGGAAUUGGAGCACCACUGUCAAGAUCCACAGCCCAAAAGCAUUGGAACGAGAGCCCAAGAACUUGCACUCACCCCGGAGAGUACAUGCGGUGCCGAGCAAAUCCACGACAGAGGUGGUGGACAUGCAUCCAAUGCGGGGCACGUUGGGAAAGGCUGGAAGCCGAUCCGUCUCUGUCCUCAUCGGCAACGGAAGUUCCCCAGAUGCCGGAAGCCAAAAGCUUGCAGACAGUCGUGGGGACCUACCCGGAGUUUCUCCCUGCACCACGAUCCAAGCCGGAGCAGGGCGACAUCAAGCUGAAGGUGGACGUGAUGGGCCGGAUCGAGCCGGCUUCUGGGAGCAGUGGAUCAAGCCAUGCUAUGCCCAAACGGGCUUCAAAGACAACGACACAGAGAGAACGCUCAGUGUCAAAAGAAAGAGUGCCAACGGGACUUCGACCAAUCCAACCACCCAAGAAGACGGCAGGACCAAUGCCGACCUUCAAUGUGGAGGACGAUGGACCCCAGGAGUUGGUCAUCAGCGACGAGGAGAAGCCUUGGGAGCAGGUGGAGAUGGUGGCACCAGAUGCAACCCAUCCAGCAUUGGCUAAGCAUUUUGCUUACGCUACAUCGGAUAUCUAUGGUGAUGACGCCAAGCUGACGAAGGAGGACAAGAAGUUCGUCAAGGAGAACCUCAAGAAGCUCAACAAAACCAUUGUCGAGGUGUACUCACCAGAAAGAGUCACUGGAAAGGCAGAGAAGUACGGCUUUCGGGCUGGAGGAGCUUUGGACCUGACUACUGGCUGGGACUUUACCAAGGAGACCCAUCGUCAGUUCUUAUCCAACUUCAAACGAGACCAACAUCAAGUUCGAGCCGAAGAAGAGGAAGCAGUGCAGCACUUGAAGUUUGCAGUCGCCAUAGCGCGAAUACAACUUCGAGCUGGCCGAGGCUUUCUAUUUGAACAUCCGAGAAGCGCCACAUCAUGGGCACAUGAGGAGCUGGACCAACUUCGAAACGAACCUGGAGUUUUCUCAGUGCCGGUGGACCUGUGCCGCUUUGGACUCAAGACUUCCAAAGGAAUGCCAGCCUUGAAGCCUACUCUUCUUCUCACGAACGUGGAAUCAUUGGCAACAGUGCUGAAUCGCCGAUGUGAAGGCUCACAUGCCAAGCAUCAGCCACUUCUUGCCGGCGAAGCAGGCCUUGCUGCCAAAUAUACUCCUGCGUUCGUGGAGGCGAUUCUCAGAGGUCUUCGUCGACAUGUACAAACUUGGGUGAAGAGCAACCAGCAGACAGAAGACUACUGGGAGCAGGACGACGGGCAGCUGGUGCGACAUCAUCGAGUUCCCCGUCGCGCUCUCUUCUCACCAUCAGGUGUUGCUGGAUGCCCUUCCCCAAGCAAAAGAUUGUCUUCAAAGCGAGUCUCCAACAUCAACUUCAUCAAUGGGAAACACCAGACUUUGGAGGAUGAUUGGAGGAGUGCUGAAGCUCCACGCUUUGCCUUCAGUCAGCUUUGGACUGGAACUACCACAUUUCAACUUCAUGAUCCUAUCGUACUACCUCCUGAUUGGAAAGCAGUGGCUACCUACAUCACACAGGCUGCUGCACAUCCUAUCCAUGCCUACUUGACGGACGAGACCGCCUUGCAGGUGGAUUGGAAAGCAUUGUUUCCAACCCACAAAAUUUUGGGAGGCGGCGAUUUGGCUUCUACAACCUCGUCUUCGUCUUCAGCGGCGGCGCGUGGUGAACGAGCUCUUCAAGCUGAUCGAUCUCGACCUCGAGCCCUUCAAGCAGAUCAACCUCGAGACCUUCAAGACGACAUGGAUGAGGAGGAAACUUCUGAAGACCGAGUUCAACAAGCUCUACGAGAACUUCAUCUUCCACAACCACCGACUGACAACAUCCUACACCGGGAGUUGAGGAGAGAACUGUUUCGAGUUCACCGCAACCUUGGGCAUCCUUCGCUUCAAGUCUUUGUUCGUGCACUUCGACAUGCUGGAGUAAAGAAGGAGGCCGUGGAAUGGGUGAAGCACCAUUUUCGGUGUGACCUGUGCGAGCGAAAGCAACAGCCCUCUGCACAUCGCCCUGGCAAGUUGCAGAAGGCCAUGGAGUUCAAUGAGGUGGUUGGAGUCGACCUGAUCCAAGUCAACGUGCCGAACUUGGGCGAGUACCUUUUGCUGAACUGCCUAUGUUGGGGCACUGACAUGCAGAUUGUAGAACCAGUGGAAGACAAACAAGCAUCCACUGUGUAUGCGGCGUUUGCAAGGGCCUGGCUGGCUCAUUAUGGUCCCCCUGGUCUUGUGAUUGCAGACCAAGGCCGUGAGUUUGUGGGUCGAGAGUUUGCAGACCGGCUGGGACAUCUGGGAGUGCCGGUACACUACAUAUCAGCAAGAGCGCCAUGGGAGAAUGGGCGCACAGAGCGUGCUGAUGGCAUCUACAAGUCCCGCUUGGAGACCGCGAUCCAUGAGGUUGGGGGCGUGACCAGCGAGGAGGAGUUCAAGACAGCCAUCAGCGAGACUUCCAUGAUGCACAAUCGAUACUACAACCGAUCAGGGUACACGCCAUAUCAACGGGCAUUUGGCACACUUCCAAGACUACCAGCUUCUUUGCUGUCGGACGACAAGAUAGACAAGCAGCUUAUCCUCGAAAGUGGAGAAGAUGCUAUGAAGAGAGCUUGGCGUAUCCGAGAAGAAGCUGGGAAAGCAUGGUUGAAGUGGCAGGAUGAUACUGCAGUGAGACGAGCUGUGUCAACCCGCACUCGAAUCGUGGACAUGAAAGCCUUCGAGGACGGGGAGCUGGUCUAUGUGUGGCGCGACAUACCCGGCCACAAAGGAUGGACCGGACCUGGCACCAUCAUAGCUCAGAAGGGAGAUGCUUGUUGGAUAUCCAUGAGAGGAUACUUGAUGAAGGCGAACAAAGGACAAGUUCGAAAAGCAACCUCCGAGGAAAGCUUGGGUGCUGAGUUGGUGAAGCACCUUUCAACUACGCUCUUGGAGGACAUCGAGAACAACCGCGUGAAGUUCUUCAGAGACGUUGCGGCAGAAGGUCUACCAGAUGACGAUGCAAUGUCUGGGGAAGUGAUUGGGCGGUUGGCAGAGGCCGAGGGAGACUCACCCGAAGUGGUAGAGCCCGCAGAGGCAUACUCACCAACCACUCCACUCAACACCUUGGACCGCAUCGACGAGGGUGACGAGGACUUCGAGAUGGACCUGGGAGAUCAACAUCCACUACGUGAUCAAGCUCAAGUUCAACCUGAUCAAGGAGUUCAACCUAUGUUGGAAGAUCCACCUCGUCGUGCACCAUCGGAAGCGAGCACUGCAGAACCUUCAACAGCCGAGGUUGCACCUUCAGUACCGCCUUCAUUGACUACAUCACAACCACAGAGUAGACGGGAAAGCAUGAACAUCCGAGUCGAUGAAGCACGAGACGGAGUUCUGGGUUUUGGUCCAGUUCGACGAGAUCAACAACGACCGGUGAUGCCUUAUCCCUGUCCGCCACAAGGAGUUCCAGCCCUACCUCGAAACACCAGAUCUCUAUACUUUGAAGUUUCCAAGGAGCCCAGUGAGGAGUCACCACACUGGAUUCGAGACCGGUGCACUGGUCACUACACCAUGAACAACGCCAGCACGGAGAAGUUCAACAUCUCACAAUCUACAGGCGUGUUCAACUACAAUGACAAGUGCAUCUACCUGACCAAAGCUAAGACCUCACCUGGACAAGUUGAAUUCCGAAAGCUGGAAGAGAAGUACAAGAAGAUUUUUCGAGCUUCCCGGGCCAAAGAAGUUCAAUCUCUUUUGGAUUCCGGAGCCAUCAAGAUCUUGUCCAAGGAGGAGUCCAAGCGGUUUCUUCGAGAGCAUCCUCAACAUGUCUUGACGAGUCGGGACGUCGACCGAUGGAAACCGACGGACGCCUUUGGUGUGCUUCCUGAAGAAUAUGGGGAAUCAGGUUUCCUACCAGAACAACAUCCUGGUCUUGCACCCAAAUCCAGAUGGUGCGUUGUUGGUUGGCGAGACCCUCAUAUCCAUCAGAUCGAGAGGACUGCUCCUACACCUUUGACAUCAUCCAUCUAUCUAGCACUUCAGUUGGCCGCAUCGAGAAAGUGGAAAGCAAAGUCCAAAGAUGCGAAGACAGCUUUCUUGCAGAGCCGACCGACAACCAGGUCGCAGAAGUUGGCUUGCAGAAUGCCAGCUGACGAAGCUUUUGAAGGGUACGAUGUGGAGCAGCUCAUCCUUCUCCUCACGGAGGUCUAUGGACUCGUAUCGGGACCAUCUUGGUGGAGAAGAUCACUCCUUGAGAUCCUCGUCAAAGAGCUUGGCUACAGGGUCAACGUCUAUGACCGAUGCGUGCUCACCCUGGACCAGGAGGAGAACAAGGACUUCAAAGAUCCAAACACCCCGACAAGGGGCAUACUAGUUCUUGAAGUGGAUGACAUGCUCGAAGCAGGAGAUUCGGUACAUCGACAGAAGAUGGAGCUGCUUGAGAAGCGUCUUCGCUUCGGAAAGGUCGUCGACUUGCAGAACACCGAAGGUGGAAGUGGGUAUGCAGGUCGCAGACUUCGACAGCUCAAAGACUUCAGCUUCGAGUACAGCAUGGAUGACUACGUCGCCAACAGACUUCAGAAGGUCAACAUCACUAGAAAGUUUCUGAAGAAAGAUGCUGCCAAAAUUCAGCUGAAUGAAGAAGAAGAAUCGCAGCUGCGUGGCACCAUAGCAGCCAUCAAUUGGGCUGCCAGAGAAGGCAGACCUGACGGCUCGGCAUCAGCAUCUAUUCUGUCGGGAUGCUUUCCAAAUCCGACGCUUCAGAACGUGCUGGACUGCAACGCCACCGUGGAGAUGCUGAAGGAAAGAAGCAUUACGAUCAAGAUCCAUGCAAUUCCUGAAGCUGAACUUCGACACGUGUUAGUGGCGGAUUCCUCAUUCGAUCCAACGGGAAAAUCCAAACCUCAACAUGGAUGGCUGCAGGGAGUGACUACGCCGGCUUUGAACCGCGGCCAGUUUGCCCCUGUGAGUCUGAUUUCUUGGAGGAGUAAGAAACUGAGGAGAAAAGCAGCCAGCACUACACUUUGUGAAUCCAUCUCCCUAUCCACUGCCUUGGCGAGCCUGGAAAAGCAAGCUGCAACUAUGAAGAGUUUCAGGUUUUCUCGCUACGACCCAAGCCAGGUGUUUGAGGACAUGGACGUACUGAUGGGUCUUCGUGGACCUCCCGUGGUGAUUUCAACCAAAGAUCCUCGACAUCAAGAUCCUGAAGCAGUGGCCAUCAUUGAUGCAAAGAGCGUCUACGACUCCACAGCUUCAUCGGAACGACAGUUUCAAGGAGAUGAUGUUCGAGCGGCAUUGGAAGCAGCGAUGAUUCAAGAAUCAUUGGCCAAACUUCGUGCUCGACUUCGGUGGCUACCACAUAACCUAAACCCUGCAGACAGCCUGACGAAACUGCCCAGUGCUGCUCACAUGGCCCCACUCUACACCUUGUUGCAGAAGAAGGGCAUGGUGAUUCAGCAGGAAGAGAUCGAGCUGGCGACCGGACGACAAGGUGACCGACGUCAGAAAGUUCAUGGCCCAGCUGCGAUGUCUUCAGAAUAUGCAGUAGAUGUGCAUCAGCCAACCAUGAGUGUCAGUCAAAAUGACUCAACACUCACAAAAUUUUGGGAGGCUGAGAAAGUUACAUAG